CGGUGAGAGCAGAUGUAUAUUUUUCUGUGAGACUAACUGUACAUAGCAGAAAUUUGCAAUCACGAUACCAAAGUGGAGUAUGUCUGCCUGUGUUUUUGCUUAAUCGUAUUUCUAAAUGAGCUGCUGAUUUAUCUGUCGGAGAGCUCAAUGAGGGUGUUCAUACAGGCCUCAUUUCUGCUGUUUGUCCUGGCGAGUGUUUCAUCUGCGCCAUGUUCACCCGAGCAGUUUACCUGUGCGAGAGGUGGCUGCAUUAACGAGGAGCAGGUCUGUGAUUUCAGAGAGAACUGUGAAGAUGCCAGUGACGAGGCUGACUGCUCCCAGCUUGUGAGAUGUGACUUUCAAGAAGGUUUAUGUGAUUUUCAACUUCAAAAUGAGCAUCAUGUUUGGUUAAGAGGCUCAGGUUUGAGCUUGCCCAGCACUGGGACAGGCUUUAAAGAAAAUGUUACUGGUCACUGUCUUUAUAUAAACUCUAACAAUGGGGAAGGAGUCACGGCUGAAUUAUACAGUCCUCUCUUCAAGCCUUCACAUGCAUGUCGGCUAACUUUCUAUCGUCAUAUUGGGGUGCUGGCAGGGGCUUUGCAGGUUCUGAUCCAGUUCAGAUCUUCAGGAGAGAUGCAGGAGGUCUGGUUUCUGCCUACCUCCAAUCCUGAUCCAUUCACUCUUCCCUGGAUGCGAACAGUGGUGAUGUUAAACAGCGCCGAGGAGUUUAAGGUUGUGGUUAGAGGAUCUAUAUUAAACAGCAGUGAUCCACAUGAGGUCGUAGCAAUUGAUGAUCUGUCCUUCAGCAGAGGAUGUGUGCCAGCCGUAGAGACUGACAGUCAGGCAUCUCUUCCAGCUCAGUGCCUCCCGUCUCAUUUUCACUGCGGGGCAGAUGUCUGUGUGGACGGGGUGAAAGUCUGUGACUUUUCUUUAGACUGCCCCAAUGGAGAGGACGAGGCCAACUGUUCGGCACAAUGUGAUUUUGAGUCUGACUCCUGUGGCUGGUAUGAGUUCUUCCUGGGUGAUGGAUUUGAAUGGGUAAGAGGCUCAGCUAACGGAGUCUUCACAGAACAUCUAGACCAAACACCUCCACAGGACCACACUACCAAUACAAGUGCAGGACACUUCAUGUUUAUUUUCAAGAAGAGUAGCAGGUUUUCCCAGCAGGCUUUGCUGCGCAGUCCCACAUUCCAGCAAAGCAGUUCAGAUUGUGUCAUGACCUUCUGGCAUUAUAAUUCCGGCCAUUCAGUUGGUGCUGCUGAAAUGCACCUGCUGAUAGAUGGCUCAGACAGUAUCACAAUACUUUGGCAAACACUUUACAACCAAGGUGACCAGUGGCACCCGGUAAUCGUCCAGAUCGGCAGACAGAACAGGCCUUUCUACAUCUCCUUUGCUAAACUGAGCCUGGCUGUUUAUGAAGGCGUCUCUGCCCUGGACGAUAUUAUAUUUCACAACUGCUCACUGCCCGAGGCUGUGGAGACGUGUGCCACUCCUGAUCACCUUCACUGCAGUCGGAGCAAAGCCUGUGUGAGCUAUUCUCAGAUCUGUGACCUGAUCGAUGACUGUGGAGAUGGAACAGACGAGGAAAACUGCUCACCAGAGCUAAUGUGUGACUUUGAGGAAGGUCUGUGUUACUGGACUCAGGAUCACGAGGAGGACAUGUUUGAUUGGACCCACAUACAAGGCCCUACUCCAACGUUCAACACAGGCCCGUGGAAGGAUCACACACGAGCCAGUGCAGAUGGGCACUUCCUCUAUAUCGAAUCUUCAGACCCUCAGAAGUUCAAAGACACUGCCGUUCUUAUCAGUCAGCCUUUUCUGCCAACUCCUCACCGAGGUCCUGAACCCAAACCACCCUGUGUUUUUAGAUUUCACUAUCAUAUGUUUGGUCAGCAUGUGUUUUGUUUGGCUGUGUACAUACGCACCAGCAACAGUGGACGGGGAAACCUGUUGUGGGUUCGAUAUGGUGACCAAGGCAACUUCUGGCACAGGACGAUACUGGAGAUCAACAGCAGUCACCACUUUCAGAUUUUAGUGGAGGGUACGGUUGGCGAUGACUUCAGAGGAGACAUUGCCAUAGAUGAUCUGUCUUUCUAUGGCUGUCAGUCCUAUGAAGGUGAACUGCCCUCAGAGGAGCCCAGCACCUCUGCCCCUGUGCCCACCUUGUCAACAGCACCACCUCAUAGCUGCCCUCUUGACCAGUUUGUGUGCUUAACUACAAGAGAGUGUGUGAACCUCAGUCAAGUGUGUGACUUUAGACCCGACUGCUCCGAUAGCUCUGAUGAAGAGCACUGUGUGAAGGAGCAUUGUGAUUUUGAAGGUGACAGUCUUUGCGGAUGGCAUUUGAGUGAACCAGGAACUCCUGGUCCUCCUCACGCAUUUAGCUGGCAGACGGGACAAGGGUUGAGCAUUCACCAUGGAGAAGAGAAGCACAGACCUGCUAAUGACCACACACUUGGAUCUCCAGAGGGUUGGUAUGUAUUUGUGGACAGCUCCAACGGAGGAUACGGUCACACCACUGAUCUCUUGACCGCUCCCAUCAAAAUAACAGGGCCCCAGUGCACUCUGGAGUUCUGGUAUCACAUGAGUGGCUUCACUGUUGGAGCGCUGCAGGUCCUCAUCAAAUCAGGUGCUGUCGCAUAUGAAGUGUGGUCUCAAAGUGGUAGCCAAGGCAACAGGUGGAGGCGGGGUGAGGUCUUCAUAGGAAUCCGUCAUAACAUCCAGGUGGUUCUUCGAGCAAAGCGGGGCAUCAGCUACAUGGGCGAUGUUGUUGUUGACGAUGUGGCAUUUGUGGACUGCGCCCCUCCAGUCAUGUCUGAUCUUCCUUGUCAUAACAAUGAAUUCAUCUGUGCCAACGGUCACUGUAUAAACGAGGCCAACUUGUGUGACUUUAUUGAUCACUGUGGGGAUGGAUCAGAUGAGAAUCACUACAUUUGCAAGGGAUUCAGUGGUCGUUGUAAUUUUGAGUUUGACCUUUGCUCCUGGAGACAGAGCCAAGAUGAUGACUUUGACUGGUUGAUAAAACCAGGAAAUAUGAACACACAUGGGAUUGGACCAUCCACUGAUCACACCCUUCGCAACCCAUCAGGCCACUACUUGUAUCUAGAAGGGUCUUUUCCACAGACAACUGGACAUACUGCCAGAAUCUUGGGACCUCUUUUCCGCCGAUGCAGCAAAGAUUGUAAAAUGGUCUUUUACGUCCACAUGUCUGGUGACGGCAUCGGCACUCUGAAUGUGUACAUGUCUUCAAACUCCAGCCACUCAUUGUUACUCAACCUCAUUGGAAAUCAAGGCAACUACUGGAGCAGACAGGAAGUACCGCUUGCAUCUUCUGACGACUUCCGCAUUAUGUUUGAAGGCAAAGUGGGUCGAAAUACUGGAGUUCACAUCUGCCUGGAUGACAUCACCUUCUCCUCAGACUGUAUUCUUAGUAACACAUUUGAGAAGGAGUCCCGGUUACUCACAGGAUCCUGUCCAUCAGGUUCUUUACAGUGUGACAAUGGCAACUGCUACAAGCCAGAGCAGAAAUGUGACUUUACUGAUGACUGUGAAGAUGGAACUGAUGAACUGGAGUGUGGGACGUCCUGUUCAUUUGAACACGGGCGCUGUGGAUGGAAGAGUAGCCUAGCAGGCACUUUCAGUUGGGCUCUUGGAGUCGGCUCCAUUCACAUGAUCAGACCUCCUCAUGACCACACUUUUGAAAAUGAAAGUGGAAACUUUGUAUAUCUGGCAGCCACUCCUGUGGGACUGAAGGGUGAUAAAGCUCACAUGAGAAGCUCUGUGUGGAAGCAGUCUAGUGCCACAUGCAAACUUGCCUUCUGGUACUACAUUUCCGAGAAAGCCACAGGAAUCAUCCGGCUCUUCAUUAAGACUGAAAAUGAGCUGAGGGAGGUGUGGACAGAGCGGCAGAUGCACAGGGAAUGGAGAAGAGCAGAAGUGUCUCUGAAGAACUUGAGAAACUUCAUUCUCAUAUUCGAGGCUGUUCGAACACGAGAUGUGAGCGGUGGAGCGGCUCUGGAUGACCUGCAGUUCAUUGACUGUGCACCUCAAGCUGUGAGUCCUGGUUCAUGCCCUGCUAUCACAGACUUUUUGUGUAAUAAUGGAGACUGUAUUGAAUAUCGUUUGGAGUGUGAUGGUAAAGCUGACUGUUCAGAUGAGUCAGAUGAGAUAGACUGCUUGAAUGUUCCAGGAGCUUGUAAUUUUGAUAUGCUGGGUGGCCAUUGGGAGGAUAUCUGUCACCUGUCUCAGGACCCUAACGAUGACUUUGACUGGGACAUAGGCUACGGCGCAAUGUUUAAUGGGACAGGGCCAUCAGCUGACCACAGCCCCAGUGGAGCAGGAGGGUUUCUGUAUGUGAACUCCAGUGGUCAGAGAGAAGGAGAUAUCGCCAGCUUAAUAACCCAGCUGGAGUUUCCUGCUAGUGUGGGUAUCUGUCAUCUGCGCUUCUGGUUCCACAUGUAUGGCUCACAUCACAUGGGUGCGCUGAAGGUGUACACAGUGGGCCGCUGCGGAGCACCCCUGCUAAUGUGGGCAACCUGUGGAAACCAUGGAGAUGGCUGGCAUUAUGCUAAUGUGAUCUUAUCAAACGCGUCACCUUUCAAAGUGAGCAUUCAGGCAGAAGUGGGAGCAGACAAGUAUACGGACAUUGCAGUGGACGACUUCUCUUUCACUCGGCAAUGUCUUCUUGGAGGUCCAGUGACCCCCAUCCCACAAACGUGCCACAUGGAGCACUUCCAGUGUUUGUAUCUGUUCGAGUGUAUACCACUGAGUUGGCACUGUGAUGGUGAGGUGGACUGUCUGGACCACUCGGAUGAGGAGAAGUGUGCCAGUGUGCUUCCUGGCACUGUGCCUCCUCAAACCGGGUGCGAGACAGGCGAAUAUCAGUGCAUGGACAGCAGCUGUAUUCCUGCGCUACUGCGGUGUGAUUCAGUUUUAGACUGUCCAGAUGGAGAAGAUGAAUAUGGAUGCCCUGUGAAGACAUGUGAGAAUGGAGAACUGGUGUGUGAGGCGACAGCAGACUGCGUGGCGUAUCAGAAUCGAUGUGAUGAUAUUGUUGACUGUCCUCCAUUUAACUCUGAUGAGUCCAGCUGCUUUGAUUGUCCCUCUGGAUAUUGUCUCAAUGGAGGAAGAUGUGCAGUAAAGGAAAAUGGACCAGUGUGCUUUUGUCCAUCACAGUGGACUGGUAAUCGUUGUCAUAUCAAAGAACAAGCAUUCACUCCCACGCCACCUGUGAUGGCAGAUAGUAAACUAGCUGUCAGUGUUGGAUUAAGCACAGCAGUGAUUCUGGUGGUGAUCGCAAUGGGAGUCGUUUUGUUCUGGUUAUUUCAAAAGAGGCAUUCGCUAAAAGACUCCAGGCUUAUUGAUAACCAAGAGUUGGACGGCUCAGUUUAUGACUUGCAGAAAAAGGAGUCACUCAGGGACAUUAGAACUAGGAGGCCUGUACGUCCCCAGUUAAAUAUCAGUGUUUACCCAUGGAGCGAUGAUCCAAAGGUCUCCAGCUCAAAGGAAAGCAAGCUGUCUUUCUGCAAUCCUCUCUACAAGAGCUCAAACAGCUCUGAAGCCUGAAGAAAACACAGACACGCAAACACUGGCUGUCCUGUCCCUAUAGGUUUAGUGUGCUUUCCACCUCAUUUGAGCCUCUUCAACAACAUGGCUGUGCUUGCUUAAGGUUUAGAGGCUAAAUUUUUUUUUUUAACACAAACUCAUGGGAGGGAAAAUGUGACCACAAACAAGUUCCAAUUAAGCAAAAUGAAGCAGUUAAACUACAUUGCUCUUAAAAAGAAAGAUUUACUUAAAAGAAUCGGUGAUAUGUAACACGUUCCUUAUGUUGUAAAGUCUCUCUGAGGGACUGAAAUUAAAUUUCCAACCUCUUAUUUUACAAGAGCCAACACUUUAUGUUAGUGCUUGUUUUAACAUGAUGAGCUCUGCUGAUAGAUGCCUGCCUUUGUUCAACAGCUUGUGUAACAUUGAUAUACAGUACAGUGUUGGCCAAAACAAAUGUUUUUUUUUAGCAAAUUGUUUUGUUUGUUUUAUUAAAUUUACCAAAAAAUGACUCUGAGAAAAAGAAGGACUUUUAAGAAAAGCAUAACUUUAUUAGAUUGAAGUCUUUAGGAUGAGCACAAUUUAACAUUAAUGCCAAAAGAUUUAUCAAAAGUAGUCUGGACUCUGAGUGCCAUUUCGAAGAUUGUUUUGCUUUCAUAGCAUGCUCUCCUUCAAAAUCUCUGUGGUUUAGAGAAUAUUGUAUUUUCAUUACUUCAAAUGUGCUUUCGAUCACCACUUGGUCUCAUUUCAGUUUCGAGCUGACCACAUUUUGACAGUUGAUAAAAUCUAAAGCCAUAAUGAUACUAAAACAUGAACAAAGACAAGUGAAGUUGACUGUGCAGUUGCAGUGUUUCAAGUGAAAAUUAAAAUUCCUCUCAGUACCGGAGCAGUGUAACAAAAGCUGUAAGAUGAACUCUAGUGACAUAUGAAAUGUUUUAGUAUUGCAAACCUUCAGACUGUGGAGUUUGUAAUCCUGCAUCCCCCCAUGCAAAUUCUGUGAGGAUUUAUAAAAGCAUAAAAGUGAUGUACAAUGAAACACGAUCAAAUGCAGAUGAAUUAUUCUAGAAAUGUGUCAUUGUUCAGACUGUUUCGCUGUUUGUGACGCUGGUUUUAGAAUUGUGCGUCCAUUAAAAAACAUACAAAGG